CCGCUUCUGCAGUUCUAUUUUGAACAUAAAUACGAGCAGCCACAAGCUUUCUCAGAGAACAGGGGGCUGUCAGAGAGAUAACACUGUGUCGUUCAGCUCUCUGGCACAGGUUAAGAAGCAGGGAAGAUGGAGCCCCGUUUCGGCAGUGCUAGCCCGCAAAGCGUCGCUUUCAAAAGCAGGCCCGAUGGGAUCCCCGGGCUUUCCUCGCUUAAUCUGCCCGACGUCAGCGGAAGGAGUUCGCACUGCAGGAAUCUGUUCUCCCCCGGACCAGCGACUGUGUUGUCUCCGGUCACCAAUUUGGCUCAGGACAUGAACAAUUUAGCAGGCCUUGGAAGCCAAUCUGAUACCCCGAAAAGGAGAAAGUAUCCCCCCCUGGAGAAGGUUCCAUCUUUCGCCUCAGACGUCUCAUCUGAUGCUGGCCUUGGCUUAGAUCUUCCUAGUCCUGUGGAUGGGGAAGUGGAAGACGCGUAAGUUUCUUUUUUUUGUUUUUGUUUUUUUCCUGUCCUCCUGUCUGUCC